UAAAAAAUAAAAAAUAACCCUACCUUUUUGGCUCUGUUUUUUUCGAUUUUUGUGUUGAUUUUUUGGAGUGAAUUUUAAUGGAUGAUUAUCGGAAAUCGGUCGGAGAACGGCCGGUGGUCGGUGAACGGAGAAGGGAGGAGCAGCAGCAUUUGCAUCCUCUGCUGCCGCCGCCGCCGUUGCCGUUGAGUUUUACAGAGCAUCAGAGUCUUACGUACUUUACUCAACAAGCUAUUCGAGUUUCAGCUGGCUACAUGGCACCUCAUUUCGAAAACGAGCUUGAUCAUAUCCAACAGCAACCCGCCAAUUCACGUGAGGCUAUUUGGAGACAAGUUGAAAAGGAGCGUAUUAGAGAGGAGAUUAUGGCAGAAGAGAUUGCUCGAAGACGCAUGUUGGAGCUUGAAGUAAGAAGAGAGAUCAUGAUGGAAAGAGAAUUAGCAAAGCAGAGUGGAGGAGGAUUUUCUCCUUUUUCUUCGACUGUAACGAGUUUCUCUCCUGCACUUCCGUUCUUGAAGCAACAGACUGGUGUAGGUUCUGUAGAGGAAAGACUUGCAAAGUCACUUGAGAACAGGAUGGGAAGGGGGAUAUCACUCUCUAGAUUGGGUGCUCGAAAUGAAAUUGGGAAGCUUGAAGUACUACCAUUUGAGGAGAGGAUUCCAGAGAUUCCUUUUCAGCGGGGCGUGGAACCAAAAAUUUCUGCUUUGAAGCCUGUAACCCAUAAUGCAGAGCCAAUGAUUUCUGAAUUAGAGUCCCCUAACCAAGAGAAAGACAAGACCAUCCUUCUGGCUAAGCCUAACACAAGUCUCUCCGGAGCAAAACGCAAAGCUGACACACCACCAGUGGAGAUCUCCAGCAAGCCUCCAUCAAUCGUUGAAAAAAAGAAAAAUGCUAAAGAGGACUGGAGUUGUGCUCUUUGCCAGGUAAGCGCUACUAGUGAGCGUGGUCUGAAUGAUCACCUCCAAGGCAAGAAGCACAAGUCAAAGGAAGCUGCUUUGCGAGCUUCGAGGGAUGGGAAGAACUACAGUAUUGGUCUUUUUCCAAAGAAACCUAAAUCCAUCAACAUUUCAGAAGCCAACGACAAUCUUAUCAUGGUGGACAUGGUAAAACCCAAAGUUGAAUUUUUGCCUUACAACAAAUCAGGUGAGGGAUCAUCUCUGGUUAUUCUGGAGAAAGAAGGUGCAAAGGACAACGUUGCACCAGCUUUGCUUCACAUUGCUGAUGACUUGAAAAAAAGUGCAAAUGCUUCUCCAAAAAAGAAGACUAAGAAGAGGUACCAAUUUUGGUGUGCCACAUGCAAAGUAGGGGCUUUGUCGGAGAUUUCGUUGGAGGCACAUAGGGUAGGGAAGAAGCACAAGGCUCGCCUCCUUCAGCUGAGCAGCAUUGCUAAUGCAGCUCCUAACGUUGACAACACUCAACCUGUCAAUGAAGCAGUAGAAGUUGUCGAAGAAACUGAAGUGAUCGAUGAUGAGGGGGCCAUUGUUGAUAGAAUUAACCCCGAAGAACUGGAGGAAGUGUCCACGGGCGAUGAGUGAGUUCAGUCAUUUUCAGUAUCAUAUCAUUGUUUAGACGUAGAGGUGGGAUAUAUUGUGAAGUAAACUGUAAUAGCUUGUCUACCAUUUUGUGAUUUCAACUCUUAAAACUUAAUAUUAGACUCUUGUCUAGACAA